CCAAGCAUUUCCCAAAAAAAAUCUCAGCCUUCAAUUAAAAAGAGAGGAAGCUGGGAAACUCCAUUUCUCCCAUCAAAAUUAAGGGGAGUUGCGGGACAAGUAAACACUUUGCGCUCCUCUUUCCUCCCUUCUUUCUCCGUUUUUUUUUUACUGCAAUUGGAUGGGUUCAAUAGAUUUCAUACUUCUCUCGGCUUUCCCUUGAUGGACUCGAUCUCCUCAAAAGUCAAAAGGGUUAAUGAAUCAUGAGGCUUUACCAACAGAUAUAUAUUUGCAGUGUACUCAGUGACUGUUUCUUGUUCAGUUCGACCGCCCAUUAAGUCGAAUGGAUAGGUCAGACAGAUCAGGCUUUGUGAGUGGGGGAGGUAGCUCAUUGGGAUUUAUCUUGCUUGCUUACUUUAUUCUGCUUUACGGAUCGUUCUGCUAGAUUUCGUUACUGAAUGGUCAUGUGGGGUUGUAAUGGUAAUGAUAAUAAUAUGUUUCAUAUAUCAAGCGGUGAGCUGGUAAGGUCUCGUCCUCUUGGCGAUACAACCUUGCGAUUGGAUUGCUUUGGAUAUGGAGAAAGUGAGAGCUCCUCCAUGGCUGCCCAGUGCAGAACCAACAGAAAUGUACAUAUGAAUAAUGAAGAAGAAGAUGAUGAUGAUGGUUGCAGGUUGGUGCUUGGUCUUGGCCCAGCCCCUAGUUUUCCCUCCGGCGAUCAUUAUUCUUAUUGUUCUGAUGGGGGUAAAAAAGACACUGGCUUUACUGCUCUUUUAAACCAGAAACAUCCAUCGGGACAUGAUUCAGUCCUCAGUCUUGGUUUCUCUGGGAGCAUUGAUCAGGUUGGGGACGAUGAAGGUUCAACAUCGGCCAAGAAAUCAGGCGGAUUCAUGCCAUCGCUCAUUCUAGCACCGAGAAUGGAAGACUCUGAUUACUCGAGGAGCACGUGGACAUCAUCAGACCGUAAUUCCAAGAAAUGUGGGUUCGAAGGCUGUACGAAAGGCGCCCGAGGAGCUACCCGUCUUUGCAUUGGGCAUGGGGGCGGGCAGAGAUGUCAGAAACCGGGGUGCAACAAAGGUGCUGAGAGCAGGACGGCGUACUGUAAAUCCCACGGUGGAGGAAGGAGGUGUGACUACCUCGGAUGCACCAAAAGUGCCGAUGGGAAGACCGACUACUGCAUCACCCACGGCGGAGGGAGGCGGUGCGGGCACGCCGGAGGGUGCACCAAAGCAGCGCGGGGUAAGUCGGGACUCUGUAUUAGACAUGGCGGGGGUAAGAGGUGUAAGGUGGGAGGGUGUGCCCGCAGCGCGGAAGGUCAGGUGGGGCUCUGCAUCUCUCACGGCGGCGGCCGCCGUUGCCAAUACGCUGGCGGCUGCGGAAAGGGCGCCCAGGGUUCCACCUCCUUCUGCAAAGCCCACGGCGGGGGGAAACGGUGUGCGUUUUCCGGGUGCACCAAAGGCGCCGAGGGGACCACACCCCAUUGCAAGGCGCACGGCGGGGGGAAGCGGUGCCACUUCGACGGCGGCGGGGUAUGCCCGAAGAGCGUGCACGGGGGGACGAGCUUUUGCGUGGCCCACGGCGGCGGGAAGCGGUGUGUGGUGCCGGGGUGCACGAAGAGCGCCCGGGGGCGAACGGAGUGUUGCGUGAGGCACGGCGGGGGGAAGCGGUGCGGGGUGGAGAGGUGCGGGAAGAGCGCCCAAGGGAGCACCGGCCUGUGCAAGGCUCACGGGGGUGGGAAGCGGUGCGGUUGGGAGGGGGAGAAAUGCGAGAAGUUUGCGAGGGGGAAAGGGGGGCUCUGCGCUUCACACGGCAGUUUGGUCUAUGGGAGGGGGAGAAGCGGAGGCGGCGGGGGAACCUCAGACUCCGACAUGUUUCCUCCCUUCUCCUUCUCCGGGUCAGGGAAGCCACCGGAGAAGAGCUUUGAAUUCGCAAUUCCGGAGGGGAGAGUCCACGGCGGCGGCCUUAUGUCGUUGUUUGGAGGGAACCUGAAGAACACCGUUGUUUAUAAAGAAUAAUUUAAAAUAAUGAUUUUUUUUAGAAACUGUGUUCGAACACAGUAAAAAUGUAGAGUAUGCAAUAAAUCCAAACGCGGGUAACGCUGUUGCCCGAACUAGGGGAAAACAACAAUGGAUUGUACCGAAGAAAACUGGCGUGUUUGUUGCAGAAUGAAAUUACUUUUUGCAUCAGUGAUGAAAUUGUAAUUUGAGAUUCGGAAAUUUACGUAAAUAGCACUAAAACAUAUUGAUCACAUGUGGUUUUUUUCUAAUGUAGCACUUUUAGUAAUAAUUCAUCAGUCAUUAU